AUGACGGUUGUCGGGAUGAUAUUCGCACAGCAUCUUGUUGGAACAGCUACACCAGCUGAGCUACGGGCGGGUACUGUGGUUCACGUGGGGCUGGACUGCAUUCUUUUAUCAGAGCUAUCUUGGCAGGAAAUGGCCAGGGUUUAUGAAAAUGACCUACGUUCCCCGGGUAUCUGGCGCAAUGAUCGGUUCUGGCUUGUAGCAGAUCAUGUAGUGUAUCCUGCUGCGGCUAAAAUAUCCAAUAUGCAAGAUUUGAUCGACCGCGCUGAGAAAGGCAAAUCGGAGUUCAAGAUAGCAGAGUACCAGGGUUUGAACUAUACCAUUAUAUAUACCGAGUUUGUCAUCGGUGCGGACUCCUAUAUGUGCUCUGGCGGUGCUGUAGGAUGUCUUGCAAUUGGACUAGGAGGAAUCGACGUCCUUAUGGGUCUCAUGUUGGGAGAGACAUGGUUUAAGAUCCCCGAAUCGAUCCUAAUGGAGUUCCAAGGGUGCCCAGCGCCGGGAAUCUUUGCUACAGAGCGUAUUGUCGAGUUUGGUGGUGAAGAUACCCAGUUCCUGUCGUGUGACGCACACUUCAUGAUAUGUAAUAUGGCCACUGAGUUUGGUGCAAUUUCGGGGAUUUUUGUAUCUGAUAAGGAUACCAGGGAAUUUAUUUCAAAGAGAAAGUUGAAGCGAUAUCAGAGGCACUCAAUUUACUUCCGACCUGACAAUGAUGCACUGUACGCGGGCAAGUAUAUCACCGACUUGUCAAUGGUAGAACCGAUAAUUGCACUAUAUACGAGUCCAGACAACGUUGUCGCUCUGUCAAAGAAAUCCGGGAUGCUGCUAGACGGAGUUUUCAUUGGCGCGUACACGACGACAGAAGAACAGCUAGUCCUCGCAGCUCUUGUAUCGAAGGUUGGAUUGAAGAAGGGUCUACAACUUGUACCAGGCAAGUGCCACUAUGUUCCAGGCUCCUUUCGCCAAGCUAGAAUCCAUGGGUGUUUUAGAACUUUAUGCCAGGGCCGGAUUUAUAAGAGGGCCUCCGGGAUUUCCUAUUGUCUUGGUCUCUCUGUCGACCCUGCUGGGGAAGGAGAAACCUGGCUCAGUUCACAGAACCGCGAUUUCCAGAAUCGUAUGGGUAAUGGAUUGUUUGGUCAUCUUUCCUCCGCUGUGGUGUGUGCGUCGUCCAGCUUCAGCAUGUCGCCGACUAUUACCAACUUGAAGUCGACCCAACAAUCUAUCCUUGUUAACAUAAAAGAUCGGCUACUCCAAAAGAUCGUUGGUCCUGGACUUCUUCCUGUUAUAAAAAGCCACAUAGUGAGGCUUGAGGACUUCGUGGACACGGACGCACUUACACCUGGGCCAACAUUGACAAGCUGUGUGGCAGACGAGGACUUUGGUAAGGUACAAAGUGGGCAACAGGUUGUUGUAGCAGGUCAUGCAUUUGGUUGUGGUUCAAGUAGAGAAGUUGCAGUUUCCACGCUGAAAGACAAGUUACCAAGCACUGACGGUUUGCGCAAUCUGAAACUAGGGGUUGGUAUUGAAGCCGUGAUUGCCCGUUCUUUCGCCUUUAUCUUUAACAAAAACAUGAGAACUCUUGGCCUUCUCAGAUUUAUUAUCUCGGAUAACACUUUCUAUAAACCUUUCUCAGACAGAGAUAAGAUCCCAAUUGAUAUCAAAUCAGAAAUCAUUGUCGUGAAAGGGAAACGGUUUACCUUCGAGCUCAGCAACAUUGAAAAGGAACUCAUUAUAAGAAAAGGAGUAGUAGAGGGCUAUAAACUUCUUGAGGCAAAUUUGUGGAAGCAACUGACAAGCGCAAACACACUCCCAUAG